UGGGAGUCCGGGAGCCGCGCCGAGCCGCGCGGAGCCGAGCAGAGCCACGCCGAGCGGCGCCCAGCGAGGCGGCCGGACUCGCAGCACCCAUGCUGCUGACGCUGGCCUGGGGCGCACUCUUCUUCCCGGGGCUCUUCGCGCUCUGCACCUGGGCGCUGCGCCGCUCGCGGCCCGAAUGGACCAACAUCGACUGCGUGAUGAUCAGCACCAGGAUAGUUUCUUCCGUGCAGGCUGUGCUGGCCACAGGGUCUGGGAUCAUCAUCAUCCGCUCCUGCAACAACGUGAUCACCGACAGGCACUGGCUCGCCCGAGAAUAUGUCUGGUUUUUAGUUCCAUAUAUGAUCUACGACUCCUAUGCCAUGUACCUCUGUGAAUGGUACCGUGCUACAGACCAGAAGCGCAACCGCUCCAGCACUUUUCGAAACUUCCUAAGCCAAAACCGCCUCAUGAUCACGCACCACGUGUUCAUCCUCCUUGUCCUCGUGCCAGUUGCACAGAGGCUCCGGGGAGACCUGGGGGACUUCUUUGUCGGCUGUAUCUUCACAGCGGAACUGAGCACUCCAUUUGUGUCGCUGGGCAGAAUUCUGAUUCAGCUAAAGCAGCAGCACACCCUCCUGUACAAGGUGAAUGGAAUCCUCACGCUGACCACCUUCUUUUGUUGUCGGAUCCUCCUUUUCCCCUUUAUGUACUGGUCCUAUGGCCAACAGCAGGGAAUAAGCCUGAUCCAAGUGCCAUUCAAUAUCCCUUUCCACUGCAACUUGGCCAAUGCCUUCCUCAUCGCUCCCCAGAUCUACUGGUUCUCUCUGCUGUGCAAGAAGGCAGCCCGGCUCUUUGAUCCUCCCCCGACCAAAAAGGAUGGCUAAUUACUCCGGUAGUCAGGCAGUGAGAGUGCCUCCUCCACUCAGUAUUCUAUGGACCAAACUGUGCCCUGGGUGGCCUCAGCGUUUUGGGUAUUGAUAAGCAGACGGAUUUGAGUUUUUCUAAAGAAUAUUCAUAUUACCUCCCUCUUCUAACCUGUUCCCUUUGCAGAAGCACUUUUUUUCUUGGUUACAACGAUUAGAUCCUGUGAGACCUCCACUGGCAGCAAAGUGGUUUUAAUGUGAGCCCAAGAUAAGACCGUCCAUCUUUGGGUCUUCCCUAGAGCUCUGGGAGUCAGAAACGUGGGGUGUGGUGAUCAGUGGACCACAGCGAUAAGUGUUCGGGCACCCGCC